AUGAAAUUGUAAGUGUUGACAUAGACAAAGAGGCAUUUACCAUCGUCUCACUAAGAAAAGAAAAACAUAAACUGAAAAAUGAGGAUUAUGCUUUGGUGUGUGACUCUGAUUCUUUUCAGCUUUAUCGAAUCUCAAUCAGAGCAUUUAGAGUUGGUUGGUCCAGAAGAACCUCUUGUUGCUGUUGCUGCUGAAGAUCUGAUUCUGCCGUGUUUUAUCAAACCUAACAGCAGUGCUGUGGACAUGACAGUGGAGUGGUUCAAGCUACAUGUAGAAGACUCAUUAGUUCAUCUCUAUAGGGAUCAUGAAGACAAAAAUGAAGGUCAGGCUCAGUCCUACAAAGGAAGAACAUCACUGUUUAAAGAGGAGCUUAGAAAAGGCAACGCUUCACUCAAACUCUCAGCUCUCCGAGUCUCUGAUGAGGGAGCAUAUAAGUGUCUUGUUGAGGACAAAUCCUGGUCCGAUGACAUCACUGUGAAUGUCAUUGUCGAGGUUCAGGGAAGCCACCCAGUGAUCAGGAUGGAGAGUUAUGAUAACUCAGGAGGGAUUAAUCUAGUGUGUGAGUCCAGAGGCUGGAAACCUGAACCUGAGGUUCUGUGGCUGGACAGAGAAGGAGUCACUCUGCCUGCUGAAGAUACACAGAUACACAGAGACACUGAGGGCUUCAGUGUGAAAAGACGCAUCACUGUUUAUGAUUAUAGCAACUCCAACAGGUUUUACUGCAGACUUCAGCAAAAACAUCACAUGAUGGAGACAGAGGUUAUCAUCAAUAGUAAAAUCUUUGAUGCUUGGAAGUGGAUUGUCGGGAUUUCAGUCUCAGCAUGUCUUAUUGCUGUUGGAUUGAUAACUGCAGUUUUUUGUCACAAGAAAGAGAUGCAGAAGGAGAAGCAGUCCACAGAGAGGCAGAUACAGAAGCUGAAUGCUGAGAUGCAGGUGGAGAAGCAGUGCACAGAGAGGUGGAUACAGAUGCUGGAAGCUGAGAUGCCAAAGGAUGAGCUGUACGCAGAAAUGCAGAGACUGAGUAUGGAAUAUGUCUUAUUAAAGAAGAAGCAGUAUGCAGUGGAUGUGACUCUGGAUCCUGAUACAGCAAAUCCUGAACUCAUCCUGUCUGCUGAUGGAAAACAAGUGACAUAUGGAGAUGCAUGGCAGAAUCUCCCUGAUACACCACAGAGAUUUAGUUAUCCAUGUGUUUUGGGAAAGCAGAGUUUCUCCUCAGGGAGAUUUUAUUAUGAGGUGCAGGUCAGAGCGAAAACUGACUGGUUAUUAGGAAUAGUGAGAGAAAGCAUUAACAGGAAGAGGUGGAUUACAGAGAAACCUCAGAACGGAUUGUGGACUGUGGUACUGAGGAAUGAGAAUGAGUACAGGGCUCUUGCUGGUCCUGAUGUCUACCUCACACUGAGAGAGAAGGUAGAGGAGUUAGGGGUGUUUGUGGAUUAUGAGGAGGGUCUGGUCUCCUUUUAUGAUGUGAAGUCCAGAUCUCAUAUCUACUCUUUCACUGGUCAGUCUUUCACUGAGAAUCUCUAUCCUUUCUUCUGUCCUUGGUAUAAUGAAGAUGGUAAAAAUUCAGCACCACUGAUCAUCUCUCUGUAUUUAACACUGAAUGAAUUUCACCUCACAAAUUUAAUAAUCUAUUAAAUGUUGAAAAUAAAAAAUAUUUUACAUAUUUUAAUUAAUUUUAGAAAUGU